AUCUCGUGUGCACUAACCCUAGGUUCACAUCUGUGCGGGUGGUGCCGCUGCGGAUCCGCACGAAAAUCCGUGCAGCCACACCCCCCGCACAGAGGAAUGUGGACCCGCAGGUGGGUGCCAUUAAUUCUAAUGGCACGCCGCCCGCACUGGAAAACGCAACCAUACUGGGAAUCGAGGUUCCCGUGUGGGCUGCGUUUUCAGAAGAAGUGCAGAGACUUCUUCCCUGCGUGUCACGGGGCACGGGAGUCCAUUGAAAUGAAUAGGCUCUCGUGUCCGCGUAAAACGUGGCCCACACGGCCACAU